CGCCGGGAGACUUAGGAGGCGCAGGGAGGAGAGGAGUGGGGCGGCGGGCAGGUGCAGGCCAUGUCUAAUUAUUCAUAGUUGGGUUCCUGGAAGGGCAUAGCCUGAGAGAGUUGUCCUGGGAAGGGGUCCCGGGGUCCCGCUCCCGCCCUUUGUUUGGGCUCGGCUCUGCCCGCUGCAUCAUUGUCGCUUAGCGACAACCGCCCCGAGCUGUGAUUGGUUGAGCUCUUGGGCCCAGCGACCAAUGGCACGGUUGUUGCCAUGGCAGGUGUGGACUGCCAAGUUCAGGCCUGCCCGCUGGCCCUGGCGGCCCUCCAAAAUGGGAGGCCAGACGCCUGUGUCCCUGGGGGCCGGUGGCUGCGUGGGGCGGGGCUGGCUGGUCGAGGGUUAAGAGGGUUAACCCGCCCCUCCCCUCCCCCGUCCACCUGCCUUUCCCUUCCCUGUGUGCCCCGGGUUGACCCUCGUCCCUGUCCCCUCCUCUUCCCCCCUCCCCCCGCAGCGGCUGCUGUUGUCACCCACCGGGCCUCCUGUCCCGCUUGCCCUCCCCGCUGUAGGGCUUGCCGGGGCCCGCCGGCCCGGGACAGGCGGCUGUCUCCUCGCCACCGCCACCGCCGCCAUGCUGGCCGCUCGCCCACCUCACUGGGGGCCCCACCGCGCCCCAGCCUCCCGUGGGCCCCGCACCAGCCCCGACCCGGGUCUCAGCGGCGGUGGCAGCCGAGGUGCAGGAUGCGAGAAGGCGCCCCCCGGCCGGGCUCCCGCUCCAGGCCUCGCUCCCCUGCGGCCCUCUGAGCCCACCAUGGCCGUCCCACCGGGCCAUGGUCCCUUCUCUGGCUUCCCAGGGCCCCAGGAACACACACAGCAGGUAUUGCCUAACGUGCGGCUCUUGCCGAGGAGGCUUCCUCUGGCCUUCCGGGAUGCGACCACGGCCCCAUUGCGCAGGCUCUCCGUGGACCUCAUCAAGACCUACAAGCACAUCAAUGAGGUCUACUAUGCAAAGAAGAAGCGGCGGGCCCAGCAGGCUCCUCCUCAGGACUCCAGCACCAAGAAGGAGAAGAAGGUCCUGAACCACGGUUAUGACGAUGACAACCAUGACUACAUAGUGCGCAGUGGCGAGCGCUGGCUGGAGCGUUAUGAGAUUGACUCCCUCAUUGGCAAAGGCUCCUUUGGCCAGGUGGUGAAAGCCUAUGAUCAUCAGACCCAGGAGCUGGUGGCCAUCAAGAUCAUCAAGAACAAAAAGGCCUUCCUGAACCAGGCCCAGAUUGAGCUGCGGCUGCUGGAGCUGAUGAACCAGCACGACACUGAGAUGAAGUACUACAUAGUGCACCUGAAGCGGCACUUCAUGUUCCGGAACCACCUGUGCCUGGUGUUCGAACUGCUUUCCUACAACCUGUAUGACCUUCUGCGCAACACGCAUUUCCGGGGUGUCUCACUGAACCUGACGCGGAAGUUGGCGCAGCAGCUCUGCACGGCGCUUCUCUUCCUGGCCACGCCCGAGCUUAGCAUCAUUCACUGCGACCUCAAGCCAGAGAACAUCCUGCUCUGCAAUCCCAAGCGCAGUGCCAUCAAGAUCGUGGACUUCGGCAGUUCCUGCCAGCUCGGCCAGCGGAUUUACCAGUACAUCCAGAGCCGCUUCUACCGGUCACCCGAGGUGCUCCUGGGCACGCCCUAUGACCUGGCCAUUGACAUGUGGUCCCUGGGCUGCAUCCUGGUGGAGAUGCACACUGGAGAGCCCCUUUUUAGUGGCUCCAAUGAGGUGGACCAAAUGAAUCGGAUUGUGGAGGUGUUGGGCAUCCCACCAGCCCCCAUGCUAGACCAGGCACCCAAGGCUCGAAAGUACUUUGAACGGCUGCCUGGGGGUGGCUGGACCCUACGGAGGACAAAGGAACUCAGGAAGGAUUACCAGGGCCCUGGGACACGGCGGCUGCAGGAGGUGCUGGGCGUGCAGACGGGCGGGCCCGGGGGCCGGCGGGCGGGGGAGCCGGGCCACAGCCCCGCCGACUACCUCCGCUUCCAGGACCUGGUGCUGCGCAUGCUGGAGUAUGAGCCCGCCGCCCGCAUCAGCCCACUUGGGGCUCUGCAGCAUGGCUUCUUUCGCCGCACGGCAGAUGAGGCCACCAACACGGGCCCGGCAGGCAGCAGUGCCUCCACCUCGCCCUCCCCCCUCGACACCUGCCCCUCCUCCAGCACCGCCAGCUCCAUCUCCAGCUCUGGAGGCUCCAGUGGCUCCUCCAAUGACAACCGGAUCUAUCGCUACAGCAACCGAUAUUGUGGGGGCCCUGCGCCCUCCAUCACUGACUGUGAGAUGAACAGCCCCAAGGUCCCACUUUCCCAGCCGAUACGCCCCUGGGCAGGCGGUGAUGUGCCCCACAAGACACAUCAAGCCCCUGCCUCUGCAUCAUCACUGCCAGGGGCUGGCACCCAGUUACCCCCCAAGCCCCGAUGCCUUGGCCGUCCUCCAUCACCAACCUCACCACCACCUCCAGAGCUGAUGGAUGUGAGCCUGGUGGGCGGCCUUCCUGACUGCUCCGCACUCCAUCCAGCGCCUGCCCCCCAGCACUCGGCUGCCUCAGCCCUCCGGACUCGGAUGACAGGAGGUCGUCCACCCCUCCCACCCCCUGAUGACCCUGCCACCCUGGGGCCUCGCUUGGGCCUUCGUGGUGUUCCCCAGAGCACUGCAGCCAGCUCAUGACCCUGCCCCUUCCCUGGGGCCCCUCCUGAAGCCAUACCCCUCCCCCCAUCUGGGGGCCCUGGGCUCCCAUCCUCAUCUCUCCCCUUGACUGGAAUUGCUGCUACCCAGCUGGGGUGGGUGAGGCCUGCACUGAUUGGGGCCUGGGGCAGGGGGUCAAGGAGAGGGGUUUAGACAUGCCCCCACACUAAGGACUGAACCCUUGGCCCCCUCUCUCCCCUUGUUUUCUAUUUAUUGUACCAAAGACAGUGGUGGUCCAGUGGUUGAGAGACCCCCUUCACCCCAGGGCCCUAGGAAGGGGUGGGGGCAGGUAGGGGGAGAUGGCAUUGCUCCUCCUUGCUGUACCCCCCAGUAAAAGAGCUUUCUCACA